AUGACGAUAGAAAUUGAGACAAUCUACCAGGAUAGAGAUGAAACGAAGGCUGACAUCAUAAAACAUGUCGUGGACCAGUUGGGUGAGAAAACCAAGCAAGACCAGUGUGAUCAGCCGCUGUGGGUUUUGGGUUACGGUUCGUUAAUUUUCAAGCCUCCCCCACACGCAAAGUACCGCAUCAAAGGGUAUAUCCAUGGCUUUAUAAGGAGGUUCUGGCAAAGUUCCUCGGACCACCGUGGUACGCCUGAGUCCCCAGGCCGCGUGGUGACUCUGGUGACUUUGGAGGAUGUGGUGAAAAAUUCCAGGUUUCACAGUGAUGCCCUGGAAUACGAACUCUCAUCCAAGAGCAUUCACGAAGCCUCCGAAAAAGACCUCAAAAUUUGGGGCUGCAUAUAUUACAUACCGGCCGAGUUUGCAAGAGAAGUGGGAGAUUAUUUGGAUGUGCGCGAACAGGACGGAUAUUCCAUACAUACUGUGAACUUCAACAUGGUGCUGAGCGAAGACCAGUCUGGCGAUGUCGAAUUGUUAGAUGCAAUAGCACAUCUGGACAAAAAUGCCAUUGGUCAUCCAAUGAUCAACUCUAUGGUGUAUAUUGGAACAGUUAGCAACGAAUCUUUUGUCGGACCUGAAGAUUUACAGGAAACUGCCAGUAUUAUAGCCUCUAGUGUGGGGCCAAGUGGACCCAAUAUUGAGUAUCUGCUGGAAUUGGAGGCUUCUCUGGACGAUUUCAAGCAACAGGACCGGUAUAUCAAAGAACUUUCCCAGAGAGUACGUGCAAUCUUAGAUUCAGAACCAAGAGUCUGA